ACAGCGUUCUAGUGAGCUCGAGGCAUUUAUGGGAAGCUCGCCAUCUUUGAAGACGAUUAGUCGGAGUCAUUUUGUUUUUCUUUGUUCGUACUUAUACCACAAACGAGAAGCCUACUCUUUCAACUAUCUUGAUAACACCAGAUGCGCUACUCUAAGCGAAUGCGUUCCCCUGGUAUCUGGCUUGAUGAGCACAGCUGGGAAGAGAGAAUGGAAUGUCGCAAGAGAAGAAAACAAGAUUCACACAGCAGCGAGAGAGAGAAUAAGUCCAGAAGAACCCACCAUCACCUGAGGAUCUGUGAUGGACACUAUUUGGAGACCCGCAGCUUGAACAAGGGUCUGGAUUCUCGGGACAGAAGCACCCAGGACCCCAUGGCGUGUGAGGAAGUUAGACGCGAAGGCACCUCCAAGGACCGCGACUGGCACCACUACAGCAAGUCGUCCGGGCGCAGCGGUCGGAGCGGCCGCAGCAGGCGAAGCAGCCGCAGGCCGAGAGACAGAAGGCGCAAACGUAGCCACUCUCGCCACAAGUCCUCCUCGAGGAGGAGCCAACAGCGCAGGAGCAGGAAAAGAUCCAGGAGUGUUGAGGAUGAUGACGAGGGUCACCUCAUCUAUCACAGUGGAGACAUGCUGAGAGCAAGAUAUGAGAUUGUGUGUACUCUAGGAGAAGGUGCCUUUGGGAAAGUAGUCGAAUGCAUUGAUCACUCUAAUGAUGGAGCUCGAGUGGCUCUGAAGAUCAUUAAAAACAUAGACCGCUACCGUGAGGCAGCUUUGUCUGAGGUACAGGUGCUCGAACAGUUGAAGUCCCUUGACUCUGAAAAGAGAUAUGCUUGUGUACACAUACUGGACUCGUUUGACUACCACGGCCAUGUUUGUAUUGCCUUUGAGCUGCUUGGCCUCAGCACCUAUGAUUUCCUCAAGGAAAACAAUUUCCAGCCAUUCCCCAUAGAACACAUCAGGCACAUGGCGUACGAGAUCAUCCGGGCUGUCCGAUUUCUACAUAAAAACAAGCUGACUCACACAGACCUGAAGCCUGAGAAUAUUCUCUUCAUUGAUUCGGACUACAGCAUCCGGUACAAUCCUGAAAUGAAACGGGACGAGCGGACGUUGAAGAAGCCAGAUGUGAAAAUUGUUGAUUUUGGCAACGCCACGUAUGAACAUGAGCACCACACUUCCGUGGUGUCGACUCGCCACUACCGGGCUCCAGAAGUCAUCCUAGAUCUGGGCUGGGAUCAUUCCUGUGAUGUCUGGAGUGUAGGCUGCAUUCUCAUAGAGUACUACCUGGGGUCUACCCUCUUCCAGACUCAUGACAGCAAAGAGCACCUUGCUAUGAUGGAGCGAGUCCUGGGUCCCAUCCCAACACACCUCCUGCAGAAAACCAAAAAAAGGCGUUAUGUGCACCGGUCCAAGCUGGACUGGGAUGUUCACAGCUCUUCUGGGAGAUAUGUGAAGAAACACUGCAAACCCCUGAGGCAUUACAUGCAGUCGAAGAGCGAAAACCACCACCAGCUGUUUGACCUGUUAGAGAAGAUGAUGGAGUACGACCCAGCUAAGCGCCUCAGUCUGGAGCAGGCCCUCCAUCAUCCCUUCUUCUCCUGCUACCGCAAGAGCAGCAGAAGCACCGGCAGCAGCAAAAAAGACUGAACCUGUGCAGCGUACGACUUGUCUGUCGCUGUGAUGCUCAUCGUAGUGUGCUGGUCCAGCCUCUGCUUCCUCUCUCCAGGAGAGGAGGACCUUACCCGACUGUAUCAGUCACCUGUCCUGCUUUUCUGUCCUAAACCGCUGUGUGUGUGUGUGUGUCUCAUCGAGUUCUGUUAUGUGUGGCAUGUUUUGGUGUAAUGAAUCCUCCCAGUUGAUUUCUAUUUAUUUGGCAUUAUAAUUUAAUAUCUAUCACAUAAGCAUAUACUUUUUCUUUUUUAAAUUCAUGAAUAGUCAAACUGUGUUCCAUGUAUAAUUUUUUUUCUCUGCAUUGUCACAGUGGUGAAGGGAAAUGUUAUUGUCUCACCUGCUUCAGUAAAAAUGUAUUCAGCACUGGAGAGAGAAACUAGUGCGGCAGAAGAUAUUUGUACAUACAAUUAAGAUGUUUUCUUUUUCACCAAGUGCUUGUGUACCUUUUACAAUACAAUGUACAUUUUUCCAAUAAACGUGAAUAGACGACA